AUGCAUCACUCCAGUGUGUUUCAUUUCACCCCAGUGUACAUCACCCCAGUGAACAUCACCCCAGUGUGCAUCACCCCAGUGUGCAUCACCUCAGUGUACAUCACCCCAGUGUGCAUCACCCCAGUGUGCAUCACCCCAGUGUGCAUCACCCCAGUGUACAUCACCCCAGUGUACAUCACCCCAGUGUGCAUCACCCCAGUGUGCAUCACCCCAGUGUGCAUCACCUCAGUGUACAUCACCCCAGUGUGCAUCACCCCAGUGUACAUCACCCCAGUGUGCAUCACCCCAGUGUGCAUCACCCCAGUGAACAUCACCCCAGUGUGCAUCACCCCAGUGUGCAUCACCUCAGUGUACAUCACCCCAGUGUGCAUCACCCCAGUGUACAUCACCCCAGUGUACAUCACCCCAGUGUGCAUCACCCCAGUGUACAUCACCUCAGUAUACAUCACCCCAGUGUGCAUCACCCCAGUGUGCAUCACCCCAGUGUGCAUCACCUCAGUGUACAUCACCCCAGUGUGCAUCACCCCAGUGUACAUCACCUCAGUGUACAUCACCCCAGUGUGCAUCACCCCAGUGUGCAUCACCCCAGUGUGCAUCACCCCAGUGUGCUUCAAUUCACCCCAGUGUGCAUCACCUCAGUAUACAUCACCCCAGUGUGCAUCACCCCAGUGUACAUCACCCCAGUGUGCUUCAAUUCACCCCAGUGUGCAUCACCUCAGUAUACAUCACCCCAGUGUGCAUCACCCCCGUGUGCAUCACCCCAGUGUGCAUCACCCCAGUGUGCAUCACCUCAGUAUACAUCACCCCAGUGAACAUCACCCCAGUGUGCAUCACCUCAGUAUACAUCACCCCAGUGAACAUCACCCCAGUGUGCAUCACCUCAGUGUACAUCACCCCAGUGAACAUCACCCCAGUGUGCAUCACCCCAGUGUACAUCACUCCAGUGUGCAUCACCCCAGUGUGCAUCACCCCAGUGUGCUUCAAUUCACCCCAGUGUACAUCACCCCAGUGUGCUUCAAUUCACCCCAGUGUGCAUCACCCCAGUGUGUAUCUUCUCUGUAA